AUGGUCGACCGUGUCGUUGGUUCGAUUGAAGACCGCAUUGUUGGCGUCCUUGGUGGCGGUCAGUAUGCCCGAUUGCUCAGCGAAGCUGCGAGCCGACUAUCCAUCCCCCUCGUCGUCCUCGAUCCUUCACCAGCGUCUCCCGCCAAGCAGAUUAGCGCCGUCUCAGUUUUGCACCCAUCUCUUGCGCAUGUUGAUGGAUCGUAUUCCAAUUCAAGCGACAUCCAUGCCCUUGCCGAACGUGUCGACGUCCUCACUGUCGACAUUGAACAUGUCGACGUCCAGGCGCUCUUCCAGAUACGCGAUCGAUAUCGCACAACGGGCGGUCACCUUGGCAAAGGCAUCGACAUCUUCCCAUCGCCGGAGACACUCGCAAUUGUUCAAGACAAACUCUCUCAAAAAAGGUUCCUAAGCAAGUGGGACAUUCCCGUCGUCGAGUUCCUCGACCUUCCCGACCCAACCGUCGAGAACAUCGCCCAGGCAGCGGAAACCCUAGGCCUACCGCUCCUCCUCAAGGCCCGCAGGAACGCCUAUGACGGCCGUGGAAACUUUCUCCUUCGUGAUCUCGCCGAUGCACCGCGUGCGCUGAGCGCGCUCGGGGGUGCGCUCUAUGCCGAACGUUACGCGACGGACAUUGUGCACGAGAUCGUCGUUGUCCUCGUCCGCAAUAUCAAGGGCGAGAUUCGCAGCUAUGGCGCGGUCGAGAACGUGCACUGCGGCAAGAUUGGCCACCUCGUUCGUGCGCCGUUGAGACAGGGAGGUAAGGACGUCUCCAUUCGCGCGCAGUCGCUGGCGGAGAAGGCCAUCAGUUCACUGGGCGAUGGUGCCGUCGGUGUCUUUGGCGUUGAAUUCUUUGUCUUGGACAACGGUACUUUGCUCGUCCACGAGAUUGCAUCUCGUCCGCACAGCUCAGCUCAUUAUACGAUCGAGGCCAGUGAGACUUCGCAGUACGAAAAUCAUCUCCGGGCGAUACUUUCUCUUCCGCUUGGCAGCACAGCACUCAAGGUGUUCUCGGCAGCGACACUGAACCUCCGGGGAACGCCUGAAACGACGGAAGAAGUCCGUUCAGUCGUGCGGCGCGCUCUCGAAACCAAAGGUGCGACUGUGCAUCUCUAUGGCAAGAAGGAGUCGCCUGGCAAGUCCGAGUCGCCAAAAGGACGCAAGGUCGGCCACAUCACCGUCGUCGGCCCCUCUGAUGCCGAUGUGAAUGAACGUAUCCAUCAGAUCCUGGGGUCAUCAUCACCUGGCGACGACGACCCGCUCCUACCGAGGCCGCCAAAGUCGCAUCCCCUACCGCUCGUGUCAGUCCUCAUGGGUUCCGAUUCCGAUCUUCCCACUAUGCGCGAUGCCGCGCGCAUUCUGGAACAAUUCAAGGUCCCGUUCGAGACUCGCAUUGUCUCGGCCCAUCGCACUCCAUCGCUCAUGGUCCGCUUUUGCAAGGAGGCUGCCUCUCGCGGCGUCCGCGUUAUUAUCGCCGGCGCUGGAGGCGCCGCACACUUGCCCGGAAUGAUCGCCUCGGAAUCGAACCUGCCUGUUGUCGGGGUGCCUGUCAAGGGCCCUACUCUCGACGGCGUUGACUCGCUGCACUCUAUCGUUCAAAUGCCGCGAGGCGUCCCCGUCGCGACGGUCGGCAUUAACAACUCGACCAACGCCGCUCUGCUGGCCAUCCGCAUUCUUGCCCUCUCUGAUCCAAAGUACAGCAUUGCGAUAGAAGAGUACAGGGCAAACAUGGAGCGAGUCGUGCUCGAGAAAGGCGACAGGCUGUACGAAGUCGGCUGGACGAUGGAAGUUGGAAAAUAA